ACCUUCACCGCGACUUGGAAGGGGGGGCACCUUCAAAGAGCACCGAGGUGUUCGGCUUCUUAGUGGUUUAAUAUUUACUGAAAAAGGCUAACACGUCGUAUUCAUGAUGUUUAUUAGCAGGCUGGCGCCGAGGCUGUUCCAUUCGAAGAAUGCAGCAUGUGUCCUUGUGGCAGCAAGACAUUCCUCUUCAUCCAUGAAUUUGAAAGACGUCCUGUCAGAUCUGAUCCCGAAAGAGCAGGCGAGGAUCAAGAAUUUCAAACAGCAGUAUGGGAAAACCACUAUUGGGCAGAUCACUGUGGAUAUGGUAUAUGGCGGGAUGAGAGGCAUGAAGGGUCUAGUUUAUGAAACUUCAGUGUUGGACCCUGAUGAGGGAAUCCGUUUCCGUGGCUACAGCAUCCCAGAAUGCCAGCAGCUGCUGCCAAAAGCUCCAGGUGGACAGGAGCCGCUGCCUGAGGGUCUCUUUUGGCUUCUGGUGACUGGACAGGUGCCUACAGAAGAACAGGUGAACUGGGUGUCUAAGGAAUGGGCCAAGAGGGCAGCUCUGCCCUCUCAUGUGGUCACCAUGCUGGACAACUUCCCCACCAACCUGCACCCCAUGUCUCAGUUCAGUGCCGCCAUCACGGCUCUGAACAGUGAGAGCAGUUUCGCCAGAGCCUACUCUGAAGGAGUGAAUAAAGCCAAAUACUGGGAGUUUAUCUACGAGGACUCCAUGGACUUGAUAGCUAAACUUCCGUGUGUAGCUGCGAAAAUUUAUCGUAACCUUUACCGGGAGGGCAGCAGCAUCGGUGCCAUCGACCCCAACCUGGACUGGUCCCACAACUUCACUAACAUGCUGGGCUACAGCGAUUCCCAGUUCGUUGAGCUCAUGCGUCUGUACCUCACCAUCCACAGUGACCAUGAGGGUGGGAACGUCAGCGCUCAUACGAGCCAUCUGGUGGGGAGCGCCCUGUCUGACCCCUACCUGUCCUUCAGCGCCGCCAUGAACGGACUUGCAGGGCCUCUGCAUGGUCUGGCUAAUCAGGAGGUGCUAGUGUGGCUUACCGCUCUGCAGAAGGAGCUGGGUGGAGAGGUUUCUGAUGAGAAAAUGAGAGAUUACAUUUGGAACACACUCAAGUCUGGACGGGUUGUGCCAGGUUACGGCCAUGCCGUCCUGAGAAAGACAGACCCCCGCUACACGUGCCAGAGGGAGUUUGCACUCAAACAUCUGCCCGACGACCCCAUGUUCAAACUGGUGUCACAGCUCUACAAAAUCGUUCCCAACGUCCUCCUGGAGCAGGGCAAGGCCAAGAACCCCUGGCCCAAUGUGGAUGCGCACAGCGGGGUUCUCCUGCAGUACUAUGGCAUGACUGAAAUGAACUACUACACUGUGCUGUUUGGCGUGUCCAGAGCUCUGGGGGUUCUGGCCCAGCUGGUGUGGAGCAGAGCUCUGGGCUUCCCCCUGGAGAGACCCAAAUCCAUGAGCACAGACGGACUGAUGGCUCUGGUCGGAGCCAAGUCAGGUUAAAUAGCAGAGGGAGUGAUUUGAGUGGAGGAGAGAGGGCAGCUGCAGCUAGAAGACAAGCCUAGUGAAGUGUACAGUAACAAGACACAAGAGUUCAGUUUUGUUUGGGUUUUUUUUUUUUCUUUUCAAAAGGAAGUAAAAUCUAAGAAGGGCCGACAAUCCUUUUCGCUAGAUAGCUGAUUUAAAUUUCCACAAAGAGAGCUAGUUUUCUCCUCUCUCAAACAGCAAUGUUGGUUGAGGUACUGAUAGGCAGUAGUCUUAUGCUGUUGUAACAAAGGAUAAUGGAUUUGAGAAAGGUAGAUUUGUUCAUGGAAAUCAAUUGUUCAAAUGUAUUAUGGCUUUGUUGUUGUUUAAGGACAAAAAAAAAUGAACAUUGUGUAAAUAACUGUGUUAAACACCACUGUCAGUGUUGGCUCAACUCCAGUUUAAAAGUCUGGUUUUAAAGGACAGAAUCCCCUGUAUUUUUAUUUAUAUACUAUUCAACAUCAUGAUCUUACCAUGAAACAACUUUAGCAAUGGGUGUUCCAGAUGCAUUUGGCUGACUGUUUUAGCUGAGUUUCCAGUUGCUUGCAUUAGCAUUGUUAUAACAUGACAUGCAUAGUCCUGUUGUUUCCAGCUAAAGAUGUCAAUUAUAAGAAUUCAGCUCUCACGUUUAUAAUUUAUAAACCGUUCAGAUAUUAAAGGAAUAAUUCUCAUAGAAGUUCAAUGGGGAUAGGGGUAGGAAAAUAUUGAUUUUUCAUAAUCAGUUAAUUAUUGAUGACAAUGAAGGUAAAUUAUAGAUUACAACCCUGAAUGAAUGUCACCAAGAAAUCCAUUACUAAUACCUCACUCAAUAAAGGCAACUUCCUGUGCCCUCUAAAACAC